AGAUUAAAAGUUGGAAUAUACCUGCAGCGUGGAACCAUUUUAAGAGUUGAAAAAAAAUGGAGAAACUUCUUGCUGUCACUGUGCUGUUGAUUGCAUCACUUAUACAUGACUCGGAGGAAAGAUGUCACCGCACCUGUAUAGACGGAUGGACCCGCUAUGGGAAUCGCUGUUACAAAUUCUUCAACACUAAGAUGACAUGGGAUAAUGCUGAGAUUGCCUGUAGUAAUGCAACAAAAGAUGGACACCUGACAAGUAUUACCACUGAGGCUGAAAAUAAUUUCAUGGUAGAACUGGUGAAGGCUGUGGAUCAGUCUGUGCCCCCGGUAUGGACUGGAGGCAAUGACCUUGCAAAGAAAUAUACCUGGGCCUGGGUUGAUGGAACGUCUUUCUCGUACGCCAACUGGAACCCUGGUGAACCCAACAAUUCAGGAAGUGAGGACUGUAUUCAAAUGAACUGGGGGAACCCUGGAGGUUGGAAUGACAAAAAGUGCAGAGAGGUAUACCCCUUCAUCUGUCGCUAUUAACCCUUUAAGAACAGUGGCACUGGCAAGAUCAACUGAUUCCUGAUCAGCAAUUGUACGCAGGAAGAUGACUGUUGUAUUAUUGGAAGUUUUGUAUAAAAUGUAGUCUUGCAAAAACAAAUAA